UUAUCCAAUUCCCUGGUGGAUUUGGACCUUGAGGAAGCUCGAACCGCUUAUCGCCGGAUCCUCUCCGAGUCUGCCCGGAAACUCAACGCCCAAGGUUCUCAGUUGGGCAACUGCAUCGAGAAAGCUCGACCAUACUAUGAAGCUCGACGUCUCGCCAAGGAGGCUCAGCAGGAGACUCAGAAGGCGGCGUUGAGGUACGAGCGAGCGGUCAGCAUGCACAACGCCGCCCGGGAGAUGGUCUUUGUGGCGGAACAAGGUGUCAUGGCUGACAAGAACCGUUUGGAUCCCACCUGGCAGGAGAUGCUCAACCACGCUACUUGUAAAGUCAACGAAGCAGAAGAAGAACGUCUACGGAGCGAGAGGGAGCACCAACGCGUGACCCAACUGUGUCAACAAGCCGAGGCCAAGGUCCAAGCUCUCCAGAAGUCCCUCAAGCGCGUCAUUGUCAAGAGCAAACCUUAUUUUGAGCUGAAAGCCCAGUUCAACCAGAUCCUGGAGGAGCACAAAGCCAAGGUGACGACGUUGGAGAAGUUGGUUUCUCAAGCCAAGACUCGUUAUUCGGUGGCUUUACGGAAUUUAGAACAAAUCAGCGAACAAAUCCACGCUCGACGUCUUCAACGGCUCAUCGUUCGCCGAGCUUCACCGGUGGGAGCUGAAGCAAGUCCUCAACAUGUCCCUACCGAGGUGGAGGUGACAGGAGGGACACAUUUAGGAGCAGAAUGUCCACCAACUGACACACUUUCUCUUCUCAGUCUUCAAACCAUCGCUUCUGACCUUCAAAAAUUCGAUUCCGUUGAACAUUUGUUGGGUUUAUCGGACGCUACCAGCCUCAACAGCGACGA